UAUUCAUAAGGAAGGCGAGCCCGCUCCUCUGCACGCCGCGGCCGCCGCCAUGAAGCUCAACGUGGACGGGCUGCUGGUCUACUUCCCGUACGAUUACAUCUACCCGGAGCAGUUCUCCUACAUGCUGGAGCUCAAACGCACGCUGGACGCCAAGGGUCAUGGAGUCCUAGAGAUGCCCUCGGGCACUGGGAAGACAGUGUCCCUACUGGCGCUGAUCAUGGCCUACCAGCGGGCAUAUCCACUGGAGGUGACCAAACUCAUCUACUGCUCAAGGACAGUGCCAGAGAUUGAGAAGGUGAUUGAAGAGCUUCGCAAGUUGCUCAGUUUCUAUGAAAAGCAAGAGGACGAGAAGCUGCCAUUUUUGGGGCUGGCUCUGAGCUCCCGCAAGAACCUGUGUAUUCAUCCUGAGGUGACACCCCUACGCUUUGGGAAGGACGUCGAUGGGAAAUGCCACAGCCUCACGGCCUCCUACGUGCGGGCACAGUACCAGCAGGACGCCAGCAUGCCCCACUGCCGCUUCUACGAGGAGUUCGAUGCCCAUGGGCGCCAGGCACCCCUCCCUGCCGGGAUCUACAACCUGGAUGACCUGAAAGCCCUGGGCCAGCGCCAGGGCUGGUGCCCCUACUUCCUCGCCCGCUACUCAAUCCUGCACGCCAACGUUGUGGUUUAUAGCUACCACUACCUCCUGGACCCCAAGAUAGCAGACCUGGUGUCCAAGGAGCUGGCCCGCAAGGCCGUCGUGGUCUUUGAUGAGGCCCACAACAUUGACAACGUCUGUAUCGACUCCAUGAGUGUCAACCUCACCCGCCGGACCCUCGACAGGUGCCAGGGCAACCUGGAGACCCUGCAGAAGACAGUGCUCAGGAUCAAGGAGACGGAUGAGCACCGCCUGCGCGAUGAGUACCGCCGCCUGGUGGAGGGGCUGCGGGAGGCCAGUGCUGCCCGAGAGACUGAUGCCCACCUGGCCAACCCCGUGCUGCCCGAUGAGGUGCUGCAGGAGGCGGUGCCCGGCUCCAUCCGCACGGCUGAGCACUUCCUUGGCUUCCUGCGGCGGCUGCUAGAGUACGUCAAGUGGCGGCUGCGCGUGCAGCACGUGGUCCAGGAGAGCCCGCCGGCCUUCCUGAGCAACCUGGCCCAGCGGGUGUGCAUCCAGCGCAAGCCCCUCAGGUUCUGUGCUGAGCGCCUCCGCUCCCUCCUGCACACCUUGGAGAUCGCUGACCUGGCCGACUUCUCCCCGCUCACUCUUCUUGCCAACUUCGCCACCCUGGUCAGCACCUACGCUAAGGGCUUCACCAUCAUCAUCGAGCCCUUUGAUGACAGGACCCCAACCAUUGCCAACCCUGUCCUGCACUUCAGCUGCAUGGACGCCUCCCUGGCCAUCAAACCUGUGUUCGAGCGCUUCCAGUCUGUCAUCAUCACCUCUGGGACGCUGUCCCCACUGGACAUCUACCCCAAGAUCCUGGACUUCCACCCCGUCACCAUGGCAACCUUCACAAUGACACUGGCCCGAGUCUGCCUGUGCCCCAUGAUCAUCGGCAGGGGUAAUGACCAGGUGGCCAUCAGCUCCAAAUUUGAGACCCGGGAAGAUAUUGCUGUGAUCCGGAACUAUGGGAACCUCCUGCUGGAGAUGUCCGCCGUGGUCCCUGACGGCAUCGUGGCCUUCUUCACCAGCUACCAGUACAUGGAGAGCACUGUGGCCUCCUGGUAUGAGCAGGGCAUCCUUGAAAAUAUCCAGAGGAACAAGCUGCUCUUCAUUGAGACCCAGGACGGGGCAGAGACCAGCGUUGCCCUGGAGAAGUAUCAGGAGGCCUGCGAGAAUGGCCGAGGGGCCAUCCUGCUGUCAGUGGCCCGGGGCAAAGUGUCUGAGGGAAUCGACUUUGUGCACCACUUCGGGCGAGCGGUCAUCAUGUUUGGCGUCCCCUACGUCUACACGCAGAGCCGCAUUCUGAAGGCCCGGCUGGAAUACCUGCGGGACCAGUUCCAGAUCCGCGAGAACGACUUCCUCACCUUUGACGCCAUGCGCCACGCAGCCCAGUGUGUGGGCCGCGCCAUCAGGGGCAAGACGGACUACGGCCUCAUGGUCUUCGCCGACAAACGGUUUGCCAGGGCCGACAAGCGGGGGAAGCUGCCUCGCUGGAUCCAGGAGCACCUCACAGACGCCAACCUGAACCUGACUGUUGACGAGGGGGUCCAGGUCGCCAAGUACUUCCUGAGGCAGAUGGCGCAGCCCUUCCACCGGGAGGAUCAGCUGGGUCUGUCCCUGCUCAGCCUGGAGCAGCUGGAGUCAGAGGAGACGCUGCGGAGGAUAGAGCAGAUCGCCCAGCAGCUGUGAACCUGGGCAGGGUCAUCAAAGGAGUCUGAGGCCACUCCCUCAUCUUGCCUGGCCCUGUCCCAGCAGCUCAGAGGACCCCUCAGGUGGACAUUCCAAAUAUACAGCCUUUAAUUACAGGGAGAGGGCAGCACUGAUGCCCCAUCCGCUGGGCACCCCCAGGCAGGGGUGUCCUGGGGAGAUGGACAACCCUGUGCCUCCCGCCCCGCUCUUCCGGAGAAGCUGCAGCCACGUGGUCCUGUCUGCGUUAGCGGGGGCUCAGGUCCUGGGUACUGGCACUGAGGGUCCGAGGGGCCUCACUCAGGGGCCGACUGGGGAGCUGGGGACAGACACAGGGAGUGGUUAAAGUGGGUCUCUGCCCCAGUUGUCACGAUGCCUGUCCCCCUGCCUCCACCCCAGGUACAACCUCCCUUCUGUCCUGGGAUGUGCUCCACCUGAAACCUGCCAGUCCCUGCCACCAUGGCUCCGCCCCACCCUUGCCCAGGUGUCCCUCUCACCUGAGCCCCAGUCGCUCUGGGACCAUCCAUGUUCAGCAUGUUGAGUGACAUGGCUCUCUUCAUCCUGCAAUGGAUGGGCCAGAGAAGAACAAGGGAAACCCGGGAGGUCUGGCUCCCGCUCUGGGAGGACCUCUCCGCGCUAGGCUGGACCUUCACAGAGGAGCUGGGAGCCACCAGGAGCAGCAUGGGGGGAGGGGCUCUGCCACCGAGAGCCAGCACUCACCCUGCGGCCCCUGCCAAGCCCUCCCCUCGGAGGCGGGAGACCAGCUUCUCACUUCCACGCCGGAGAGACUCGCGGAGCUUAGAGAAGGAGCUGCUCCUUCGCAGAGCCUGAGGAGGGCACGGGACAGUGACCGAACCCUAGCUGGCCCGUCGGUCCCCACCCCCAUCAGGAGCCACAGCAAAGCCUGUCUCACCUGUUGUUCUGCAUCACCAGCCGUGCCUGUGUUGGGAGCUCCUGGGGGACAGAGGGGGACAUUGAGAGGGGCCCUAGGGAGCCCCUUGGAAGGGGGCAGGCGGGCGGGCGGGGCUCACCCCUUGGUGGCGGCAGGCCCUCCCUGCUCAGGAUCUCUCUGUACAGCUCCUCCGCCUGCUCGUACUUGUUCUGUUUCAGGUAGGCAGAGGCCUGUGGGGAGGGCGGGCGUGGGGACCUUGGCUGUGAUCUGGGAACUUCUCGGGACCCCCAGCCCACCUUUCUCUGUGCAAACCUGGCCAUGCCUCCCAGGGCUCUUGGAGGAAGCCAGGCCGCCUCCUCGGAGGCCUGCCCUGGAGCAGGUGAAGCCCAGAGGGCACACGCCUGCUGCCACCAGCCUGUUCCCUGCCCUGCCUUGGCCAGUGACACCUCUGUGCCUGUACCGGGUGCAAACAGGGUGACUAGCCCCGGCUCUUGAAAGUGCUGAGAUGGGGCUGCCCAUAGUGGGUGCAAUAAAGGCCUGCU